AUGUACCAUGACAGCCAAAAAAGGUAAGGCCCAGUUUUGGAACAAAUCAGAUGAAGGUACUGACUCAGAGUACGCCAUAGAGAUACUCCACAACCCAAGAGCUGUACGCAAUAUCGACAGCUGUGCAAUUUAUUGAAGCGUGGCUUCUCUUGUCGUCGUGGUGUGGCACACUUAAUAUAUAUUUCCCCUUCUUUGGACCUCAUUGACUGAUUACUGGUCAACUGUCUCAGUCCCUCAAAAUUGGCACCAAUCGGUCCGGUUAGAGAACAGCAAGAAGACAAGUUUUUCGCGCCGGAAUUUUAUAUUUAUUGUCACACUCCUAUUUGGGCUUUUAGCAUGACCUUUCAUGCAACGUUACCAUAUUUCCAAGGCAGAGAUCUCAAUAUCCUGAAUUGUGUGGCUAGAGAUUCUAUGACUUGGUUUUGGGGGCCAACCGAGACUGAAGCCCUAUCCGCUGAAGCCGCUAUUGUCAUGCAUGGCAUGAUGACACCACGGAUGCAGGGCCCUUGGAGAAUCACCCGACAAUAA